AUGGGUCUAUACUGUUACAAGGUAAUGCCCUUUGGCCUAAAAAACGCAGGGGCAACAUACCAGAGGCUAGUAAACAAAAUGUUUGCUAGCCAAAUCAGAAAAUCAAUGGAGGUGUAUGUCAAUGACAUGCUGGUAAAAAGCACCAAAGCUGCUCAACACGUCGUUCAUUUGGGGGCAAUGUUCGACGUACUAAGAAGACAUCACAUGAAGCUCAACCCCCUGAAGUGUGCCUUCGGAGUCAGAUCUGGGAAGUUCCCCAGCUUCAUGGUCAGUAGCCGAGGGAUAGAUGCCAACCCAGAAAAGAUUAAAGCCUUGCAAGAUAUGAGGUCUCCCACAAACCCAUAUGAGGUCUCCCACAAACCCGAAGGAGCGAUCAAGGGACAAGCGUUGGCAGACUUCCUGGCAGAAUUCUCAGACAGACCAGCUCCGUCCCUAGACGAAGAGGCCAAGGCAGUCGAGUGGAAACUCUAUGUGGAUGGGGCAUCGAGCGAAGCGGGGUUAGGAGCCGGCGUCAUGCUCAUCAGCCCAGAAGGCCACAAGAUUACCUCGGCAGUACGAUUUCAGUUCAGGGCGUCGAACAAUGAGGCAGAAUAUGAAGCACUUAUCAGUUAUGAGAUACAACAGGUACCCAGAGCUGAAAAUGCAAACGCCGACGCCCUGGCUAAACUUGCAUCAUCAAAAGACUCCGACAUAUUAAAAGUCGUCCCCAUUGAAGAGCUUCAGCGGCCGACCAUUGACGAGCAGGACGAAGCCUGGACCGUGCAGACGAUCGAGAAUUGGAUGACUCCACUCAUCCAAUACUUAGCAGACGCAAAACUACCCGAUGAUAAAGAGGAAGCACGGCGGAUUAAAUACAGAGUAGCCCGGUACCUAUUGUAUGAUGGAAUGUUAUACCGGAGGGGCUUUUCAACACCCUUGCAACGAUGCCUAAAUGACGAGGAGGCGCGAGGAGUCCUCCGGGAAAUACAUGAAGGGGUGUGUGGAAAUCACGCUGGGGGGCAAUCUCUGGCUCUUAAGGUUUUGAGGCAGGGGUACUAUUGGCCCACCCUAAAAAAGGAUGCGUUUCAAUAUGCUCGGCGUUGUGAUAAGUGCCAGAAAUAUGCCUCGAUUCCUAGAGCGCCCCCGGAAAGUCUAACCUCCAUUCUUAGCCCAUGGCCCUUUGCCAAAUGGGGGAUUGACCUAAUUGGGCCCUUACACCUCACGCCCGGGGGUUUCAAAUUUGCCAUCGUUGCGGUAGACUACUACACUAAAUGGGCUGAAGCAAAAGCCCUAACUAUGACUACGGAGGCAGUCUGCACCAACUUCAUAUGGAACAACAUUGUGUGUAGAUUCAGAGUCCCACAUUCGAUCGUAUCGGACAACGGAAGACAGUUCAACAACGCCUCAACAUGCAAAUUUUGCGAUAGCUUGGGCAUACGAAAGGACUUCUCAGCUCCAAUACAUCCUCAGUCCAACGGCCAAGUUGAGGUCGUUAACAAGAUCCUAAAAUACACUUUGAAGAAAAGGCUAGAUGACUUGAAGGGAAGAUGA